AUGGCUCAGAGCUGCAGUCCAAGUAAUUACCCAUUGUGUGCACCUGUUAUGGUUACUCAAUUAAGUGAAGAACAACUCGCCCAUUUGUCAACAAUAAAAACAGAGCCUUUUCAGAUCACUCUCGGAGACCAUGCAAUUAUGGACCAGGCGUCCCAGAUGGGCAUCACACAGAACGGGGGGACUACAUCCCCCUCGCAUUCGGACAACGGCGUCAGCAAAACAAACUUGAUCGUCAACUACUUACCACAAACCAUGUCCCAGGACGAAAUCCGCUCCCUGUUUGCCAGCAUCGGCGAGCUGGAGAGCUGCAAACUGAUCCGGGACAAACCAACUGAUCCUCUUAUCCCCUCCACAGGGCAGAGCCUCGGGUACGGAUUUGUAAACUACAAGCGCGCCGAGGAUGCGGAGAAAGCAAUCAACACCCUGAACGGGCUGAGACUGCAGAACAAAACCAUUAAGGUAUCAUAUGCAAGGCCCAGUAGCGAAAGUAUAAAGGGCGCUAACUUGUAUGUAAGUGGGCUGCCAAAGUCAAUGGCUCAGAAGGAUUUGGAGAGGUUGUUCUCACACUGCGGGAAGAUUAUAACAUCGCGAAUUCUUUAUGAUACGCAUACAGGGCUAUCCAAAGGAGUUGGAUUUAUUCGGUUUGACCAGAGAUGUGAAGCGGAGCGGGCCAUUCAGAAGUUGAACAAUCACAUACCCGAUGGCUGUUUGGACCCCAUCACAGUGAAAUUUGCCAACUCGCCCAGUUCCAACAAAAACCUGGCUGGCAUAGCCCCCUUAGCCCUGGCAACCUAUUUGUCGCCCACUCAUCGCCGGUUCUUCGGACCCAUUCAUCACGCCACAGCCUCGGGGAGAUUCAGGUACUCACCUUUGGAAGCUGGACUGCUGCCCAGUACCAUAUUGCCUACCACACUCAGCUCAGCGGCAGCAUCAGCAGCAGCGGCAGCCGCAGCAGCAGCAGCAACAAGUAGCAACACCUCCACCACAGCCCUCAACGCCACCGGCUGGUGCAUAUUCGUCUACAACCUGGCCCCCGACACGGAAGACAGUGUCUUGUGGCAGCUCUUCGGGCCCUUUGGGGCCGUUCAGAGCGUCAAAGUCAUUCGGGAUUUUACCACCCAGAAAUGCAAAGGCUUCGGCUUCGUCACAAUGACCAACUACGAAGAAGCUGUGAUGGCAAUACAGAAUCUGAAUGGAUUUACGCUGGGCAACAGAGUUCUGCAAGUUUCAUUCAAAGCCAAUGGAAGGAAGGCAUAG